AUGAGGGCCAGCGAAGAGCCCGACGUCGAGCUCACGGGCUCGAGUCAGCCAAAGCCGGGGGUAUACCCAUAUCUCUCUGGCUUGAACCCCGCUCAACAUAAGGCUGUCACUGCCGACCCUGCAGUCCCACUACAGAUCCUUGCCGGUCCUGGCUCAGGAAAGACCCGCGUUCUCACUUCCCGCGUCGCCUAUCUCGUCCAACAUCACAAGCUGUUUCCCCAUCAAAUCACCGCCGUCACCUUCACAAACAAGGCCGCAAAUGAGAUGCGGAAGCGUCUGGAGAAACUUCUGGGACCAAAGCUGGCGGGAGGGCUUGUGCUUGGCACGUUCCAUGCAACUUGCGUUCGCUUCUUGAGGCGGUAUGGCGGGCUUGUGGACAUACCCAACAACUUUGCCAUUGCCGACGCGGACGACUGUAAGAAAAUAGUGGCUGGCCUGAUCAAGGCCCGCGCGGAACACCUAGAAGGCGCGAAUAUAUCGCUCAAGGACCGUGCGGUCCUGUCAGACAUCAGCAAGGCCAAGUCCAGGGGCGAGACCGCGGACGCCAUGGCGAUCCGAGCGAUGAAUGAGCCGAGCGCAUCGACGAGCACGACUGCUGUUAUCGCCGAGAUAUAUGGCGAGUACGAGGCAUCACUCCGGGAAAGCAAUUCGCUCGACUUCGACGACCUGCUAGUGUACGGGCUCAAGCUCUUCACCGGUAGUCCGGGCAUAUUGGCGUCUUGUCACCACAUCCUUGUCGACGAAUUCCAGGACACCAACGUCAUCCAGUAUGAGCUGAUGAAAUGCUUUGCGAAGGCUCAUCAGGGGGUGACUAUUGUCGGGGACCCGGAUCAGAGUGUGUAUGGGUGGCGGUCGGCCGAGGUGGAGAACUUGAAUCGGAUGAAGAAGGAUUUUACCGGUGUCAAAGCCAUAUACCUGGAGCAAAACUACCGCUCGACCGGUUCCAUUCUCUCCGCCGCAUCCACCCUGAUCACACAGGACCGCGAUCGACCCCCUAAGUCGCUUUACACAUCACAUCCCAAAUCCACCACCGUCAACCUGAAAACCUUCAGCACACCCGUCAUCGAGGCAAGCUUUAUCGCGACCGAGAUCAAGCGGAUGAUCGCGUAUUCGGGUGACGUACUGAAUCAUGGCGACUUUGCGAUAUUGCUCCGGUAUAACGCUCUCUCGCGAGUCAUCGAGAGCGCCCUGCAGAAGGAUGGUAUCCCAAACCGCAUCGUCGGGGGACACAAGUUCUUUGACCGACUAGAAGUCAAGGAUCUUCUGGCUUAUCUUCAACUAGCCGAGAAUCCAAACUUCACCCCCGCCUUCAUCCGCGUCGUCAACACCCCGAAACGAGCCAUCGGCGACAAGUCGGUCGCGGACCUAGUCGCAGCGGCCAAGCGCGCCAAGAUCAGCCCGAUGGAACUAUGCGAGCGGAUGACCGACGGCGACCCCUUACCUGAGGGCAUCAAGGCUGGGCUCAAGAACAAGCUCGCCUCGUUCGUUGGGAUCGUGCGAAAGUUGCGGAGGGCGGCGCAGAAGGGAUCGUCAGUCGCGGAUCUGCUCAAGAUGGUCGUCGACAAGACGGACUACGAGAACUAUCUGAAGACGACGCAGCAGGAUGCGGAGAUGAGACUGGAGAACGUCAAGGAAUUGAUAUCCUUCUCCGUAACAAUAGCGGAAGAACAGCAGCGCCAGGCUAACGCGGAUCAAGAUAACCCGAGCUUCGUCCCUGCGUCUUCAGCAGCCAUGGAGGCGUACGUCAUGUCGCAAGUCAAAGAGGAGAAGCCGGACUUGGCUGUUCGCCCGCUCUUCCGGAGGAGAUCGAGCAGUGUCUCCACCAGCGUGGCGGCAGGGAGUAAAGCCGCCGGGAAAGGCAAAACGGCGGCGAAAGGGAAGGGCAAGAAGGGGAAGAUGAGGGAGGAAGAUAUCUUUGAGGUCUUGUCGAGCGAUGAGGAGGCAGAGAAGGGCAAGGCGGCGAAGAAGCGGGAAGCAACAAGGAAUCGGGCAGACUCGGAGUUGAGCGGAGAGGAGUCAAAGGAAGGUACCGCUGCCAAUCUCAAUCCCCUCAGCUACUUUCUGCAGACGUCGAUGUUGUCGACCGAUACGGAGAAUCAGAAUCAGGAAGAUCAGGCUUCUGUACCUAAAGUCACCAUCUCCACCGUACACGCUGCAAAGGGUCUGGAAUGGCCGGUCGUCUUCAUUCCGGCAGUUGAAAGCGGUACAUUCCCAUUCUAUCGAUGUGUCGAGCCGGCCGAGGUGGCAGAAGAGAGGCGAUUGCUUUAUGUCGCCAUGACCAGGGCGCAGCUGUUCUUGACCAUGUCACACUGCCAAUUCCGGAUGGCGGGAGGAGACGAGAAAGAUCGGAGCGUUAGCGAAUUUAUUGCCCUUGCUCAGAAGACCGCUCCUACCCACUUCUCGGCGGAUCUACCAGAUAUUGAGGAGUCGGGGCGGAAGACCAUCUCGUCGAUGUUGGAGAGGCCUGUACCGGAUGAAAGCGGGAUGAAAGACAAGAUCAUGAAGCAUGUUCGUGCCGCACCCCCUCUAUCCACCUGGGACGCCCCUGAGGCUCGCGAUUCCUCCUUCAACCGCUUCGCCCGCCGCGAGGUCACCAAAGCCACCCGAGCUGCUGAAUACUGGAACUCCGAGGCGGACGAAUACGCCCUCCCCGGCCAAAAAGGCUUCGCGUCCGCCCUACAUGCCAGCAAUGCCCAGCGGGACCGAACUGGCGGCGGCGGCAGCGACCGCGAUCGGAUGUUACAGCCCAACAACAUCGUUCGGUCCCCCAAACCCCCUCCUGUCCUCCUCCCAUCCCGGAAUCAUCAGUUCCCCGAAAUGCCGAAAUUCUCAUUCAACGUCGACAAGGACGAUGGGCGGGGAAAAGACGCAGGCCUAGGGAGCUUCACCAAUGCGAGUACGAGCAGUCUGGCGAUGAUGAAGAAUCUGGGGUUGCCUGGUGGAAGCGGUAGUGGGGGAUCAUCGCCGAUGGGCGCUGGUGGAUCAGGGGCGACGUCGCCUGCGCUGGGGAGCAGUGCGCGGUUCCCCGGGCUGGGGUCGGCGGUGGGUGGAGGGUUCCAGGCGAGUGCGGCGGCUGGUCUGGCGGGCAUGAAGGGGCUCGGGAUGCCGGAUCUGCCUGGGGCGGCUGGAGGGGGCGGAGAGGUAUUGCUUGCAAAGGGGAAGAAGAGGUUGGGGAUGGGUAGACCACAACCUUGGGGUGCAAAGAAGACGAGGAAUGACUAG